GAGAGAGAGAUGAGCAUCGCUCUGCUGAAGGAUCAGCUGCACAGGGCCUCACAGGAGGGCGACGAGCCCACGGCGGAGCUGCUGCUGGAGCUGCAGGAGGUCAAAGGUGAAGCGGCCGCCACCAAAGAGAAGCUGAGGAGCUCCCGGGAGCACAGCCUCAAACUGCAGGAGGAGAUCGAGGUCAGAGACGCGUGCAUCGCUGAGCUGAAGGACAAAGUUCAGGAGCUCCAGACCGCUUUGGCCAAAUCCAGCGAGGAGCCGCUACAACAAGAGAAAAAGAAAGGAGGCAGCAGAGAGCAUCAUGGGAUGGACAAAAGCAGGAGCUCCUCGUCCUGUGUGGACGUGUGUGUGCAGACGGAUCCGUCCGGAGCCCAGGAGCUGCAGGAGGUGAUGCUGGGAUACGAGGAGAAGAUCGCACAGAUGCAGGAGCUGCACGCGGCUGAGAUCCUGGACAUGGAGGCCAGACACAUCUCUGAGAGCGAGAGCCUGAGGAGAGACAGCCAGCAGCUGGAGGACGAGUGCAGAGCGCUCAGACACAAGCUCAGGACCGCGCAGGCUCCGUCAGUGAGGUCUGAACACUCAGCCGUCUCUCCGUUUAAAGACGGAUACGCCAGUGACAGCAGUUCAGACUGGAGUCAGCGCGUGGGUUUCGAUCUUCCUCACCUGCAGCAGGAGUCCCGCAGCACACCUGAAGGAGCGCACAGAGACGUGGAUCCGGACGUCCUGCCAGACAGGGUCAAGAGCCUGCUGCGUGAGGUGCAUCAGGAGGGCAUGCAGGUGCUGUCGCUGUCUGAGCUGCCGCUGUCUGAAGCGGAUCGACCUCCUCCUCAGAGCUGGAGCAAAGAGAGAGACGCCCUCAUCAACACCGUCGAGUCCCUCAAGCUGCUCAUCAGCACACUGCAAAGCGGCACCGACACACAGGUGGAUGGCGACUGGAGAGCGGAGCUGCUGUCGGCUGUUCAGCAGGUGUUUGUUCAGGAGCGAGACGUGCUGAAGAACGUCUUAUACUCUCAUCUGGAGCGACUGGACACGGCUGACGCUGUCAUUCAUCUCAGCCAGCUGGAGAGAGCGCUAGCGGAGCAGGACGCGAGGCACAGGGAGCUCAUGGGAGCGCUGUGCGCCACAGACAGAAGCAGCCUGCGCUCAGAGAUCCAGCAGCUCAGAGCUCAGCUCACACAGCGCCACCAUCAGGACGCCGCCGGAAUGGAGAGCGAGAGCGAGGCCGAGCAGAUGCCAGGCGGUGCUGCGGUGGGAUGCGGCUCUGAUCGACUGAACCAGGCUAAACUAGAGCUGGAGAGCGCUCUGAAAUCACAACACAAACACCUGAAAGAGCUCGACGCACUCAGGGCCGAGGUCUCACUGAAGGCCGCUGAAGUCGAUGCAUUGAACGACAGACUGGCACUCGAGCAGAAGAGAGCCAGAGAGCUGCAGUGGGCCUUCGAGAAGGAGAAACGCAAGUCUGACAGGAAGGAGGAGACCGAGAGAGAGGAAGUGGAGGAGCUUAAACUGGCUCUGGAGGAGCAGGCGCGGGAGGCCAGCGUCUCUGCAGAGCUGCAGGUUCAGUUAGACGCUCAGAGAGCUCGAUCGGCAGAGCUCAGCAGCGCUCUGGAGAAACAGAAGGAGCUGAACGCACAGCUGCUGCAGCGCUUCCAGACGAGCUCCACGUCAAACCCGCAGGAGUCUGACAUACAAAACACUCUCAUGCAGACAGAGGCCACCUGCAGCCAGGUGGAGGCCGGGGUUCUCUCUGUGGAGUCUCUCCUGCAGACGCUGCAGACGCAGCUGGCCGAGAAGCAGACGCAGGUGGUGCAGAUGAUGGAGGAACUGGAGAGACAGAAGCUGGAGGCAGUGCAGUGCAAACGACAGUGGGACGAGGAGAAAUCUGCCCUCACGCAGGACCAGAAUGCAUUGCAGACGGCACGCGACAGCCUGAGCAGCCUGGAGAGACGGGCGUCCGAGCUGCGGGCGGAGCUGGAUGCGGAGAGAGACAGCGUGAGGAGGCUGGAGAGAGAGAGAGACAGACUGCAGGAGACCGUGAGACAGCUGGAGGACAGACUGAGAGCGCUGGAGAACAAGAGCGUGAGAUUGGACGCCCGGCCGCAGGAUCGAACCCGUGACUGGGUGUUGCAGACGGGAGACGCUCUGACUCUGGAGUCCAGCACAACGUCCCUGCGUAAGAGUUCAGACCCAAAACACGUGGACAACAUCAUCCUCAGCAGACUGCAGCUCAUCGCCGCCAAGAUCAACAGCCUGACCAGCAAAACCCCGGGCAGGUUAUCUGGGGAAGCGCCGGAUCGGGACAGUCUAGCAUGGCUGCACAGUAAUGUACAGGAUGUGAUGUCACUGUUACAGCAUAUCCCAUCAGCCCCCUCUGCUCUCCCGGAGAGCGCCGCUCUGUUGGCAGGAGGAUCAUCCAGUCUGCUGAACGAGCGUUUGCUCAGGCAGAACGCAGAGCUCACGGGAUUCGUCAGCCGACUGACGGAAGAGAAGAACGACCUGCGAAACCAGUUACUGAAGCUGGAGGAGGAGCUGCGCAGAUACAGACUGAAGAAAACCACCACCGAGAGCGUGAGUGAAUCAAUGAAUGAAUCAGCGUCGAGCCGGGCUGCGGUGGAGCGUCAGGAGCUGGUGUUAUUCUCUAGCGAGCGAGAGUCUUGGGCUCAGGAGAGGAAUCGUUUGGAGAAGUCUCUCCGUCAGGCCGAGGCAGAACUGAUCCGUCUGAGAGGAGAGAUUCGCUCCGAUACGCUGCGGGAUCUGACCGGAGCUGAUCUGGACAACACGGCCCUCAGGAGGAUGUAUGGGAAAUACCUGCGCGCCGAGAGCUUCCGGAAGGCCCUGAUCUAUCAGAAGAAGUAUCUUCUGCUGCUGCUGGGAGGAUUUCAGGAGUGUGAGGAGGCCACGCUGUCUCUGAUCGCCCGGAUGGGUGGCUUCCCUGCACACACCUGUCUGGAGUCUGUGGGGGGUCAGCGCAGGGGCUUCACACGCUUCAGAUCGGCCGUGCGCGUCUCCAUCGCCCUCUCCAGGAUGAGGUUUCUAGUGAAACGAUGGCAGCGAGCAGCUGGAGGAACCGCGACGGUCAGCAGAAACGGCAUCACUCAGAUCACAGGUGCUGAUGUGAGGAACGAGUCGUCGUAUCUUCAGCCCGGCGGUGUGGAGGUGUUCAGAGAGAGACGAGCGAGCAGCCGCGGACGCACGGGACGAGACUCUCCUCGCUCCGCCGCAUCGCUCCAGCACAGGUUUCACACGAUGGCCGGUGAUGCCGGAGGUUUACCGUGUUCACACCUGCAGAACUACGACCCCGACCGCGCGCUCACCGACUACAUCUCCCGUCUGGAGGCCCUGCAGAGACGACUGGGGAGUGUGCAGUCAGGUUCCUCUUCGUCCGCUCAGUUGCACUUUGGAGUCAGAAGAUGAAGGUCUUCAUUUACAUUGAACUGGCUUGAAGAAACUCAGUUGCCUUCUCUUGUGCUGAGCUGCUGUGCUUUUGUGUUCUGAUGAUAAACCUGUACAAUUCUGUGGGACCAAAACCAUGUCUGUUUUCUGUUUUCUGUGUGUGUGAAUCAUCUUAUAAUCAAGCUUCCGUUGAAACCGCUUCAACGUCUGUACAUUAGUUCUACCUUAUUUGUUGUUAAAGGAAAACAAUCACGUUACUGUAUAUUUGUGGAAUGCUAAUUUAAGUUGAUUAAUUUAAUGGAGACGUGUUGAGAGAGUUUGGACCAGGACGGCUGCUAUCGGACUCUGGAUAACACGGCGCUUUACUCGUCACAAACGAGCCUCGUUAAGGCUUUCUUCGGGCUGGAACUCGUGGCUGUGUUAUCAGAUACUCUACACUGUGUUUUAUUCGCUCGCUCCCAUGAAAAGACCACAGAAGACAUUUGUAGAAGACAUAUUUUUGUAAAGGUUGGAGCUUCGGAUUUUAUGGGAUUUUGUCAAAACUCAAAUAAAGAUUAAUAUAAUAUUUGAAAACUGCCUUCGACUCUGCGUCUCUUUUUCUG